CGCCGCCAGCCGCGCCUCGAGCCAGCAAGGCCUGCUGCUCCUCGACAGCACGUCGCUGGCCGCCCUGGGCCGCUACUUUGACCGCGUCAUGGGCCAGAUCGAGCAGCAGAUCGUCUACCUCAGCGAGCAGAGCCAGAUGUUCACCCUGGCCCAGUUCGACCGCGCCGGCAACCUCGUCGACGGCGCCGACGCCGAGAUCGCCCGCUACCACGACCUCCUCCGCCAGCUCGACGAGCUCGAGCUCGACUUCGACCGCAUCCGCCACAUCAAGGACAUCGUCCGCGGCUACCGCUCGCGCGUCGAGGACAUGGAGCGCGAGCUCGCCCGCAGCGCCGCCGCCUCGUCCUCCUCCUCCUCCUCGCGACACAGGGAGGGCCACCACUCGUCUCACCGCCACGGCCACUCCCACGGUCACCGCCACGGCCACGAGAGCUCCCGCCGGCACCGACACUGAUGUGUCUUUUUUCUUUUCUUUUUUUCCCUUUCUUUUCUUUCUUUACUUUUUGUCUCUCUCUCUCUCUCGGUGU